AUGAGGGAAGUACCACACCAAUUGGCGAAGCAUGAUGUCAGACCAUUUUUGUUGUUGGUGCUUCUCUAUUUCUUACAAGGUGUGCCCAUUGGAUUAACUUUUGGUACCGUACCUUUCCUGUUGAAAUCUAUGGCUAAGGAUACGACAUUCACUCAAUUGGGCAUUUUUACCAUGGCUUCAUAUCCAUAUUCCUUGAAAAUUCUGUGGUCGCCUAUCGUGGACUCUGUGUAUAGCCGGAAAACUGGUCGGCGGCGGUCGUGGAUCAUUCCGGUCCAGUUUUUGAGCGGUGUUAUCCUGUGGUUCCUUGGCGCAGCAAUUUCGAGCAAUAUGGUCUUUGCAGGUGUAGAUGAUGCGUUUCACGCUACCGAAGCAUCAACGUCGGAUUCUUCAUCUCCAGCACUGAACAUUACAACUCUAACGAUAUGUUUUCUCACUUUGAUUGCACUCUGUGCAACCCAGGAUAUUGCAGUCGAUGGAUGGGCUCUGGAGAUCUUGUCAAAAGAUUCACUCUCAUAUGCUUCUACUGCUCAAACUGUGGGCCUCAAUACUGGCUACUUUUUGUCGUUCACAAUAUUCUUGGCGUUCAACUCUGCAGAGUUUAUGAACAAAUACGUACGUGUGAUUCCUAAGGACCACGGAAUAGUCAGUCUUGGUGGGUACAUGAAAUUUGCGGGUGCCUUGUACGUGCUUGUCACAUUUUAUCUUGUCUUUUUCACCACCGAAAAUCCCACUGAUGUUCCAGCAUUACCGAAGAAGAAAAGUGACGAAAAAGUCGAUGAUUUCAUUGACUACAAUUACGACACAAAUCCAGCUCACACAAGUCUGUCGAACGUGUAUCGUUCCUUUUUCAAAGUAUUGAAACUUCCAAGUGUCCAGUCCCUAAUGGCCAUUCAUCUCUUCAGCAAGUUUGCCUUUCAGUGCAACGAGGGCGCUACCAAUUUGAAGUUGCUAGAACGAGGUUUUAAAAGAGAAGAUCUCGCCGUAACUGUCCUGAUUGACUUCCCAUUUGAGAUUAUAUUUGGUUACUACGUAGCUAAAUGGAGUGCAAAUGUUGCCUACGAAACAAAAGCGCCAAAGAAGACCAACAAAAUAGUCAAAUUUUUGGUCGGUGAAACGGGAACAUUGACACCUUGGAUGUGGGGGUUUCUUGGGAGACUAACCGCUGCUUCUCUAGCCAAUGUGCUGAUCGCAUACUUCCCCACUGAUGGUAAAAUCACUCGCGGAUAUUUUCUCAUGGUUAUACUCCAACACUUACUCGGGUCUUUCAUGACUACUGUUCAGUUUGUCGGGAUCUGCUCCUUCCACACUCAGAUUGCUGACCCUGCCAUCGGAGGCACGUACAUGACACUGCUUAAUACCUUGAGUAAUUUGGGCGGGACCUGGCCGCGACUUUUGAUUCUAAACAUGAUCGAUCGAUUCACGAAACAUGCCUGUCGUUACUCAGAUACAAUUGCAAACGCAACAGAAAAGGAGCAUUGUAUCGCAGCGGGUGGUGAAUGGCUGACUCUGAGAGAUGGCUAUUUUGUCACUAAUCUAUUUUGCAUCACUAUGGGCUGUUUACUUUAUUUUGGGUUUAUCAAGAGACGAGCUCAACAUUUACAGAGAUUGCCUCUAUCUUCAUGGCAGUGUCGUUAG